CUCGCUGACUGCAGCUGAAGUAGACUCGUGGCGACUUCAGAUGCCCGACCAGGUUUAUCACUCACGAUCCACGGUUAUUUGAGGUCUGUUUGAAGGACCACGUUACAUGGAGUGCUAUUUCAGAGAUGGGAAUCAAAACGAAACGGUAAAAGCGGAAGAGCAGAAAAACGGCAAGCAGAAAUAGUCCCAAAAAUAGCGACAAGGAGAUUUGCAGUGAACACCAAUUAUCUUAACGAAAAGGGAUUGCUACGGAUUACCAAGCCUAGAAUCGGAAGUAACAAAAUGCAGCAAUUGUGUCUUAAUACGCCACGAAGGGACCGCAGUGGAAGAACUGGCGCCAGGGUUAAUGACACGUCUACAGGGUGAACGGUGUUUCGACAACGGCCAUAUAGCUCUACUUUGAUGUCCGAAACUUGGUCGCUAAAUUCUUGAACGUACUGACGAGGUCAUGACGUCUCUAAAGCCAACUGCACCCUACUGCGCGAACAUGACUGAUGGUGUGCGUGUUGUUAACGUGUAACGAAUAUAAGUCAGAAACGGCAUAUAAGCAGCAACUACCCAUACUGUGCAUCACAGUCUUGCAAACAACCACCUCCAUCAUGGUUUCGUAAUUAAGAACGCUCUUUGCUUCAAUACCUUCUGUACUACACUGAAUAAAGGAGACGUAUCAGUUUAAAGAACGCACGACGAAUUAACUUUGCAAGCAGGGAGUGUCAAGUGCCUAAAUUUCGACUCUACAAAAGGAUAAUUUGUCCAUGAUCGAUUUGUGUUGGGACAAAUUUUCGUUCUGCAUUGGCUCGGAAAGACGAAAACCGACAGAACUUCUUCAACCAGUCAAGUAGAGCAUUCCCAGUAGUUUCAACGGUGCAAACGAAUAAUUUUUUUCGUGAAUUCCAAUUUGUCAAUGUUUUACCCUUUCAUUGAAACAAUCACAAUUUGUCCACAUACUCUACAUAUCCGUAAAGUGUUGUACAGAAAUUAGUUUAAACUUCGAAGAUUAAAAAACGAAUGUCACUCAUCCUGGAAAGGAAAUGAUUAAGGAUGGUGGGAAUCUACGUCCAUGGAGCAUUGCUGUCGUUUCAAAUUUCUAAUCAUUCUGGGCGGUUUUGUCCGACUCAAAGUAGUAUGCAUGAACAUUAUGCAAAGAAAUGAAAUGGUUAUAUGUACACCUGUCGACGUUAAACUAUGAAUAAGCUGAUGGUCGUUUUUCAAUCCUUACCUCGGCACUGAUGUUGAAUUAAAAGAAACAUUUCCAUGAUUUUUAUAUUGUCGAUAUUGUUAUCUAUUUUGUGGAAUCUAUUCUGUGUCGGGAUAUUAUUCUUCUGAGUGUCAUCACAUGGCUAAACAUUGUGUCGUGUUUAUAUUCAGCACCUGUGACCACAGUAUGUUUAGCAAGUCAAUGCUUACACGAAGGUCUCGUGUUUCAACUCAGUAAUAUACAUUUAUUCAACUUCUGAGGAGAGGAAUAAUUACAUAUCUAAUAACUGAACAGCCUUAAUCAUCAACCUGUUCACUGACAUGCUUGGCCAAUUGCCCAAACAUUAACGUUCAGUACACGCGGUAUCACGAGUCUAAGAUGACCUGACAACGUUUUCCUCUUGUUGUAUACGCCACAGUCCCCAUCUACAGCAAGAUGAAAACGCACGAGGCAGAAUUUGUAGCAAGCCUGUACAAAGGAAACAACAUUCUCGGGAUCUCCCUUCUGAGUAUAUCAGUAACGGCAGUUCUUUUGGCCAUGUUCAUUUUUUCUUCUUUCGUCAGCCUUCAGAAUGUCCGGACGUUGUUGUUGAAGCACUUGUUGGUGGCGUUCCUGUUCGAGGACUUCUUGACGCUGAUCCAACAAGCCCUAGUCUACCUAGCCAGGAAGAUGAAGGUUCCAGAUAUACGAUGCUUCUUCAAGAGUACGGUUUUCUGUGAGACUUUGUUAGUUCUGUCCAAAUAUACCAGUUUGGCCAGCCUUACCUGGGUGCUAGUAUUGGUAGUGUACCAAUGGAGGAGUACCAAGCCUUGGUAUAAUGGAAAUUGUGCGCGGGCUUUUAUAUGUGCAGUUGGUUGGUUGUUUUCCUGUGUCCCUACUAUUACAUGGACUGUGAUUUUAGCGCUAACUCAUAAAGGGAAGUGUUGGAACGGUCAUCUUUCUAUGUCAAGUAUCUGGAUAAUUGAAGGACCGAAAUUUGGACUGUUGUUUCUGAUAUUACUUUUUCUGAUGCUAACAAUGUGGAAAUUGUUUGAUAGGAAACGUGAAAUAAUCAAUAUCGACGAAAUACUACGGAAACGAGCCCAACUGAGACAGUGUAUGUGUGUAUUCGUCUGGAUAUGCGUUGGACAAGUAACAUAUAUAGUGAGUGCACAUGCGCCGAUGCAGUUGGAUAUCCGGUCACUUGCAGCAUGGUCGUAUGUGGUGACCAUGCUUAUGUCCAGCAAAGGGUUUGUUGUGUCCAUUUGUUUUUGUUUUCUCGAGUCUGACGUCAGAGAGGCGUUGAAGACGCCGAUUACAACAUGACAGAAAUACUUAGGUUGUCAAAAUUACAUAUUCAAUUUGGAUAAUGUUACUCUCUUUUGCCCUACUGACAGUACUUUAUGGAAUACUUUCUUUACAGUCGAUGUAUUUAAUACACAGUGGCACAUGUUCAUUAUUUGCGCAUAGUAAAAAAUGUUAAUAGCGUGCCUAACAAGGGGAUGCAAUCGCCCCGCAUGACACCGCAUCUGGUGUAAAUAGAUUCGAACUAACAUAGUUCAGCUGCUUUUAUCUAUAUAUGUUAUUCAACUAAAAGUAUUCCAGAUUUGCGUGAACGUCCAUUAUCCCAAGAAUCCUAACGUUAUCAGCGGUUCGUUUCUCGUUAUGUUGUUCGAAUAACGAAAAACAAGCCAGCAGCGGAUUCGAAAAACGAAUACCUAAAAACGAACCCGCUUGAUAUACGGUAUGUUAUUUUUGUUAUACCGAAUCCGGUGCUGGAAUGUUUUUCCUUAUUCAAAAGCACUGAAUAACUAAACAGUUUUUGGACGAUGGUACAUCGGUCAGACAAACAUUAUUACAUGAGAUUCAGUGUAUUUGACCACAUUGCUGUAGUUGUUUAAUAUACAGCCAUCAAAUAAUUAAGAAUCCGCUGCCGACCUGUUUUUUGUUAUUCGAAAAACGAACCCGCUGAUAACGUCAGGCUGUUUAUCCGCAUACAUCUCCCCUUGAAUAGACAGUUCGAAAGCUUCUUUUCCUGCAGCGCUAAGUCAGAGUGAGGCGACUAUAGCUGCCGAAUAUGCGUUUGAUAUUCACUGUAUCUUGUUCAGCUGUACAUAGAGACGAUUUAGAUAAAGAAGGGUCGACAUAAUCAAACAUACCCUACUGACAUGCUAUCUGAUAGAUAAAAAAUGUAUCCACUUGUACAUGCGUUGUUUAUAUUUUAUAAGAAAACCUCUACAGAAUACGAACCAAACUCUCAGUUUAGGAACGAGAGGCGUGAUGGAUAAAGCUCAAACCGAGACGAAGCCUGUGGUCAUGCUGUGUUUAUCUAUUACA